AUGCGCAGCUUUGCGCGACAUUGCGGCGGCUUGCGCGGGCUCUGCGCUGCGACAACGCGGUCACGACUGAGCACUUCGCCACGACUGGCAGUUCCGACCGCGACAAGCUUGCCAGGACUGCCAUCACGGCCCCGCCUCUUGCACACGACCAUCUCAUCGCAGCGGUCACGCAAGGAUGCGCCGAAGGAGCCUCCGCCGACGGACCUGAAUGAACUCAACGUCCUGGGCAACACGCCGGCGCCGUCGACGUCGGUGGACGUGUGCACGUAUGACGGAUUCGGGCUGAACAGCGGGGUGACUAUCACAGGCGGUAACGGGGCGCUACUCGUCAACGGCGAAGCCUUUGAGUGGCGGCCAUGGGAGGCCAAGGGAGUCAUGGAGCUUUACAACAAAAAGGGCCAGUUCGAGUUGCCUAAGGAGGCUUUUGGGCUGUUCGAUCUGUUGUGGCCACGGCCAGAUUUGCUGGUCAUUGGCGUGGGCAAGACAAACAUGCCGCUGAGCCCGCAGACGAAGCAACACAUUGCGGAGCUGGGGAUGAGGGUAGAGGUGCUAGACACGAGAAACGCCGCUGCACAGUUCAACUUGCUGGCGACGGAGCGAGGCGUGUCUGAUGUGGCCGCGGCGUUGAUACCUAUUGGAUGGAAAGAGGGCUCAGGCGCUGUAUGA